UUAAUGGUGAAAUAUCGCAACAAUGAAGGUGGUAAAAGCACCUUUUAUGGAAGGUUGUAUUUUGACGAAUUUAGAACAUUCUUCUGGUUGCGGCCAGCAAUUCCGACAUCUCAACCAUCUUCACAAAUUUCUGCCCCACCAACUUCGGCUUCAGAAACACCAGCUUCUUCACGAGAGUCUGCUCCUUCUCCUUCUUAUAAUAAAGUGAUGAGAUUAAAUCACAUUUUAGAAUAA